ACCGGAAGUAAACAUCAUGUGACGUUGAAAAUCAGAUGAUCAAGUGUAGACAUCUUUAGUCACGACUACAACGGUUAAUUCAUACAUUCCUGGCUGUAUUUCUCUGGAAACAAGAUCCUAGACUGCUGCAACCAUGGCGCUCAGCGAUGCCGACGUUCAGAAGCAGAUCAAACACAUGAUGGCCUUCAUUGAGCAGGAGGCCAAUGAGAAGGCAGAGGAAAUUGAUGCCAAGGCGGAAGAGGAGUUCAACAUCGAGAAGGGCCGUCUGGUGCAGACACAGAGGUUGAAGAUCAUGGAGUAUUACGAGAAGAAAGAGAAGCAGAUCGAGCAGCAGAAGAAAAUUCAAAUGUCUAACCUGAUGAACCAGGCUCGUCUGAAGGUGUUAAAGGCUCGCGACGACAUGAUUUCAGAAAUGUUGAGCGAGGCGCGUCAACGGCUGGCCAACGUAGCCAAGGACCCAGCCAGGUACCCAGCACUGAUGGACGGGCUGGUUCUGCAGGGUUUCUAUCAGCUUCUUGAGACCAAAGUGACCAUCCGCUGUCGUAAACAGGACCUGCAGGUGCUUCAGGCGGCUAUCCAGAAGACUAUUCCUGUCUAUAAAGCAGCAGUGAAGAACAAUAUUGAGGUUCGCAUCGACCAGGACAACUUCCUGUCUCCAGACAUUUCAGGAGGUAUUGAAAUCUACAACGCUGAUGGGAAGAUCAAGGUGUCCAACACCCUAGAGAGCAGACUGGACCUCAUGGCUCAGCAGAUGAUGCCUGAGAUUCGAGUGGCUCUCUUUGGUCAGAACCAGAACCGCAAGUUUUUGGACUGAGUGUCUCCAUCCAUCGUCUUGAAGAGGAGUUAUUUAUUUUUGUCGUGUGAAAGUUACCAUUCCUGUGUCUGUGAGAAGAAUUCCAAAAACACAGUUAAAAAUGGAAAAGACACCAUUUGUUGUUUUGUCAUGUAUUGUUGUAUUUCUGUGCAUCUUGGGACAGUAUAAAAGUUGAACUUCAUUGCAGAUGUGAGUAGGAGGAGCAACUUUUGCACAGUGGUAAUGGAUCUGCUGCUCCCCCUGGGGAUCUUGGUUUACACACCGCAGUCAUCUUUAUUAUGAUUGGCUGGACAGUAAUAAUUUCAGUCUGAUUGGUUCAGGCUAAUAACAUCUUCCUCUCAUGAAAAAAUAUAAUAAAAAGUUGCAUGGAGCAUUGACUCACCCGUAGCUAUUUGCUCCCAUCUAUCACAAUUAAAAUGAAGUGAUGCUGGAAAAACAUUGAAGACCAACUAUGUCCUCAUUGAAUCCAAUUAAUUUAUUGAUGUAAUGUCUGCUCUUGUAUCAUGAAACAGAAGGAAGGGUCAAUAUUUCCAUCUGAAGAGGUUAUCGUGAAAAUAUGUUAUAAAAAGUAUAAAUCGAUAGUA